UCACUGAUAAAAAUACGCGAUAACUUAAAAAUAGCACACACUGUUUAAAACCGAAACUAUUGGGAAUUACAGGUUUAAUAAAGGAAAAAAAAAUAACAAUACGUACUGAGUUCAAUACUCGAGGUGAAUAAAGAUGGGGAUAGAAAGUGGUGGAUCGCGUCAUGCUCCAUCUACAGGAAUGACAGCUACACAGUUGUGCGAAAAUGAUGAUCUAGCAAAUACUGUCUGCUUAGAUGCCUACCUUGGAUUCAAGACUCAUAAAAUGGAUUUGAGGUAUCAACCCCCAAAGAAAAAGCACAUGGAAGAGUGUAAGACUAUAAUGGAACGUUUUAUAAAACACCAACAGUAUGAUAAAGGCUAUAGAGAAUUACUGUCAGUGGAUAUUGUACGUACAUUUCUUACAGAUAAAGAUGAUCAUGAACAAGAUAUUUUCAAAGAACAUAUAUACCGUUACUUCAAGAUGUUUGAUAAGAAUUCAGGCUUCAAGAUUAUGACAUGUGAUCGUUAUGCAAUGGAGGGGCAUCUUGGGGGAAAGAUUUGUGCUACAAAAGACUGGAAGAAACAUGACAAGAUUGAGAUGUUGAUUGGUUGUAUUGCUGAGCUGACAGAGCAAGAGGAGAGGGAACUACUUUCAAGUGGCGAGAAUGACUUCAGUGUAAUGUUCUCUUGUCGUAAAAAUUGUGCACAGCUAUGGCUAGGACCUGCAUCAUUUAUUAACCAUGACUGUCGGGCAAAUUGCAAGUUUGUAUCAACUGGGCGGGACACAGCGUGUGUGAAGACGCUACGUGACAUCAAGGAAGGGGAAGAGAUCACAUGUUUCUAUGGUGAAGAUUUCUUUGGUGACAGCAACUCUCUAUGUGAAUGUGAAACUUGUGAAAGGAGGCAUAUGGGAGCAUUCACCAAAGCAGAUCCUACGAGCCCGAAGAUGGACAAGGGGUACAGGUUGAGGGACACGGAUGAUCGACUUCACAGAAUGAAGACCCAAGCAGCAAAGCACAGAUCUGACUUUGUUCAUGUUAAUGGAGUAGUUGGCAGUAAUGAAAAUUGGGACAUUCGAGAUGGGAAUCUGAAGAAGCAGGCACAUCUGUUAUCAAAAGCUGAGUUAAAGCGUAGAGGAAUUACUCGUUAUGAUGCUGAAAUUCUGUUAGCUCAAGGUAUCAGCCUGCCAGAACCAAAGGUAAACCUUGGUGAGAAAUUACCGUCACCAAUAAGGAAAAAUCAAUCUGUGAAAGUGAGUGAGUUACGUUUAUCACCACGGAAACAUUUGUCAUCCCAGUCGUAUCUAAAGAGUUUGUCAGAGGGAGAUGGUGAUCCAAAGUUGUUGAAGGGACAUUUGAACAAUUUAUCAAAUGAACAUGCCAUGCAAGAAAACAUUGUUUUCAAUGGUAAGUCAGGGCCACUAGCUGACAUAACAAGAAACAAACCACCAGGUGGUCAGAAAAUUAGUAUGCAUGGAGGUAAAGCAUUACAUAGAAGUCGACCAGUGGUUCAUAGACAUUCUAGACAUGGGAAAAGAACAAAAAAGCUCAGUCAUAGAAGAGCAUUGAAAUUAGAUUUAGACUGUAUACCAAAAUCUGUAGAUGACUACAGACAAUCAGGGUUACCAUCAUCAGGAACUAGACACAGUCCAAGAUUUAAGAUUAAAGAAGGGACACUGUCUAAUGAAGAUGAUCAUAAUGACCAGUCUAAUUCGAAUCUCAAAGGUGAAACUAGUGUUAUUGAUACUGGGGACCCAGAGAUCAUCUUUAAUGUACGAUCAGAACCAGAGAGUAGGAAUAUUUUCACUCAACUUCAGAUUGAUGUAAUGGAAAGUAGUAUUGAUUCAGACGAUGAAAGUUUAUCUGAAAUUGCUCGAAAGAACAAAUCAAAAGUUGAAUUCAAUAGUCCAAUUGCAACACCUUGUGGCAUGCCUCAUUUGAUACCAUAUGACUCAGAAUCAACCUUUGAUACCUCAUUUCAAAAUAGCAGGGUCAGUCCAAAACUGACAUCAUUUAAGACUAGUUCUGACAAGGAACAAAUAAAAACUGAUGCAAAAUCAGGCAAAACAAUGCAAAAUAUAUGUGGAACAAAGUCAUACUCAUUACUAUCAACAAUCAAUAAGAAACCACUUAGACAAAGUCCAAGGAACAGAAAUAGAAGGUGGAACAGUAAGACUGAAUCUGUUUCAGUAAAUGGUACAUGCACAACUGAUAUGAAUGGAUAUAGUCAAGGGGAAAUAAUUGAUAAUCAUGACUGUGAUGAACAUUCUAACAAAUUCAUUGAUAAUGCAAGGUCACAAGACAUACAAUCAUCAAACUCACUAUCUAAGAAUUCAGGGGCUGGUUCACGUUUAGGCAGCAAUGUUUUUGAAAAGUUUAGUCAUUUUAGUGAACACUGUAACUCUACUGGUGAUAAUUAUAUAGGUGAUGGAAAUGAGAGUGAAGAAAUAGAUGUAGAGGGGUUAGGAGAUAGUAUGAAAUCAACUAAACAAUUGAUAUCUCUAAGGAAACAAAGUACAUCUGCUAGAAGACGCAGUAGAAACUCUCCUAGGUUAAGUUAUUUAAAAAAUAGAAAACGUAGAUUAAGUUUUGGGGAUGUCAGUUCCCCCAAGUUCGGAGAGCCAUUACGUAAGAAAAUAAAUGCCUUGAACGAGGAUAUGGCAGAGUACAGACAUUUGUGGGCGUGUAUAUCACCACCGAAAAAAGUCCCUAAGAUCACGAUUAAAAUGCCAAAAGAUCCGGUGUUAGUGAAAGAACUUGAAAACUCAAAAUCAGAAGGUGUACAUUUUAAGCUAGAGAGUCCUCAUAACUCAGUUACGGCCACAAACCUGAGUCUAGUGUUGAUCAAAGUGAUUCUGAUGAAGAAGAGAGUCCGUUGA